AUGCUGGAGCUAUUUCAAAAUGAUGGAAGUCCAUCUACAAGGUUUCAUCCUUUGGAAUCCUACCGUGUCCCAAAGCCGCAACGUGAAACACGCACUCAUCUCAUCUUCACUUCGAUCACCUGUCUCCCACCGUCACAAGAUCUGAGUCUGAAAGCAAUUCCAUCAUUUUCCCUCACUUUCUCACCUUCCAAACACCACCGCCAUCCGAAAUUCAGAACCCGACUCUCCAUCAGAAUGUCCUCAACACAAGGCGUGGUGGAGCACAUCGUCCUCGUCAAGGUGAAAGACGACACGGAACCCUCCAAGGUCAACGCAAUGCUCAACGCGCUUAACUCCCUCGCGAACCUUGACUGCGUCCUCCACUUAACGGUGGGCCCACUACUCCAUAAUGGAGCCAACACAACAACGUCGGAUCUCCGUUUCACACACAUGCUCCACAGCCGUUACAACUCCAAGGAGGAUCUACAAGCCUACAACGCGAAUCCUAACCACAUUGGCACUGCAAGGGAGUUCCUCUUACCCAUCAUCGACGAUCUCAUGGUCGUCGAUUGGGUCGCCGGUGAUCCAUCCCUUCCGCCGCCGGCGACAGGUUCGGCCCUCCGCAUCAGUUUCUUGAAAGUGAGAGAAAGAGACGAGGUUAAGGACGAGGUUUUGGGUGCAGUACGAGGAAUGAAGGACAGUGUGAGAGGAAUUGGGCAAUUCUCUUGCGGGGAAAACAUCACGCCGGAGAGAGCGAAGGGUUUUUCGAUAGCUUCGCUUGCGAUUUUUCCGGGAAAGAGGGAAUUGGAGGGUGUGGAUUGGAACGAAGGGUUGGUUAACAAGGUUAAGGAGCACGUGGAGAGUAUGGUGGUGAUUGAUUAUGUGGUGCCAUAAUUUGUAUUUUAUAAGGUUAUGUUAAUGUGCGUUCUCAGUUGUUUUAUGGUUUUUACAUGUGUGUGUUUUAUCUGUGUUUGUGUUGCUUUGUUGAACAAUAAUAUGGUUGCGGUUGAAACUGCAGCUUCUGAUUGUUGCCUCAUAUGUUAUU